AUGAAAAAUGAAAAAAAACAUGAAAAGAAAUUAGAUAAGAGAAAUGAUGAUGCAUUUUUAGCAAAACUAAACCAAUUCUGCUGUUAUAUCCAAAGAUGCCUUUUAAAUAUUAAUCAGCAAGCAGUGCUUAAAAGAUAUCAAGAAAUGAAGAAUUUAAAAAUGGAGUAUAUGAUAUUUAAUUUAUGCCAUUCAUAA